AUGAUAACCAUUUACAAGGAACACCUGAAAGGCAGCCAUCACUUUAGUCGCGUAUUCGCGUACGUGCUCCUAAGCCUGCGUAAUAAGGAAAACUUCUUUAAAAAAAGAUCCGUCAAGGGAGACCCUUUUUGUAACAACUGGGAAAAAUCGCAUUACGUGAACAAGAGGACAAUAAGCGAGAGUAGGAAAAAGAAGAAAAAAAAAAACCUAGUCAUCCAUUUUGCCACUAGCCAAAUUAGCUACUUUUACUUUCACUACUUUGUGUAUAUAUUGUUGCCAAAACUGAAAUGUCUGUCUGACUACGAAAAAAAGAACAUUCUGGACAACGUCUACUUGGUCGAUCGCAGGAAUACCGAUGAGGAUGUGAAAGGACAUAUAUACAAUAAAAUUAAGCAAGGUGUAAGUAACAUUAUUUUUUCUGACCAUGUGCUAGCCAAAGAGGAAUAUGAUUACACACACACGUUGGGAUUAUUUUUAGAAAAUAACCUCUUCAUGAAUAUACUUGAAAAUGCAAAGGUGAGAAACGUAAGGCGGCGACAUGCACACACUUUUAAGAGCAUAAACAGACAGCACCUUUGGAGCAGUACACAAAUAAUGAGCAGGCCUUACCUGGACAAAACUAAAAACCAUUUCACAUGUAGCAGUUGCUUAUAUGGGACCUACUUCUGGAGGAGUCGUCACCCCAGUGAGUACAACGUAGUGAAUAUACGGAGGAGAAAUGCAAACUUAAGUGCUUUCCAAAAAUGCAACGAAGUAAUUCAAGACAUUAACAAUAAUGUGCACUGGGUUAACCAUCAUUCUUUUUAUAAAUUUUACGAAACGGCAUAUGUUAGUUUUGUAAAUCACCGUAUGAGCCUUUUGCAGAGCUUUGUUGAAAUGGUAAUAAGGAGGAAGAAGGGGAGUGCUCCUCCUCCGGGAGAAGAAGUGAGGCAGAAAAAAAGAAUACAAAAUAAAAACCUCUCAUAUAUAUUCUUUAAACAUAAAGAUAUCAUUUUAAACACUCGUCUAUAUCCCGACUUUGUCCGUAAGAAAGCUAUUUACAUCGACUUCGACCAUGCCGCUAAUUUGUACAUGAAGUAUUUACAUCUGUUAGAAAGGGUCAGAUCAUUUUCAGGGUGUCCACAGGAAGGAGGUUUAGCGACACAUGGGAAUGAUGAUCUUGCGACAAAAUCCAGCGACACCAAAAAAAAGAGCCUUAUUCGGGAAAUGAAAAAAAAUUUAAACUUACAUGUGUGGAGUAGGAACCAAAAGGAGACUUUCUACUCUGAUUUGGUCAAAAUGAAGUUUCGCAAAUUUUACAAUUAG